CCGUGCUCAGCUUAGAUCAUGUGUCGGCCCAACAGAAGUGCGCGGGGGUCGCAGGGCGUUCUCCCGCCUCGCCGCCGCCCGGGCGCACAAGCGCUGUUUCUCGGGGAGCGCCACCGCCGCCGCCACCUCCCUUCCCGCCGCCUUGGGCCGGUUACUCUUGCGGGAGGGCAAGGCCGCAGCGCGCCGCCCUCCGGAGCGGCAGGGGGCGCUGCUGGGCGCCGCCCCCCGCUUUCCGGGGAAGCGAAAUGAUAGCAGAUGAUUUAGACAAAUUCAUUGACGAUCAGAAGGCCAAGUUGGCACAAGAUAAAGCAGAUCUUCAGAGUGAUCCGCCUUACAUGGAAAUGAGGAAAAAAGGAUCAGAGAACCUUUCUGAGACCAGCAAAAGGUUAAUGUCCAUGACUAAAGAAAAUAUACCUCCAAAUAAGCAACAGAACCGUCUUUUAGGUGACUGUGGCUUGAGCUUACCUCUUGGAGAUGAAUAUGAACGAAAAAAACAUAAACUCAAAGAGGAACUUCAACAAGAUUAUAAGCGAUACCUUUCUCAGGAUAUUUCACAGGCAAAAAGAAAGAAAAACUAUCUGAAUAUCGGUAACGUAGAUUCACAUACUCAGGGAUUAUCUCUUCGAAUUGCUGAUCGAACAUCUGCCAAGGAGAAACUACGACUUGAAAGAAACGAGUACAAUCGAUAUCUCGGGGAUAAACAAGAAUGGAAUGAAAAGCUAAAGGAAUUAGGGAAGAGAAGCAAAGAGAAUGGGAUCAACAGGAAUAAAAAACCUGUUGCUGUUACCAGGCUUCAGCCAGAACUCCAUAUGGAAGUACAGGCCUGUGAUACAGAUGCAGAACUUCCCAAGAAGGAUGCCUUUACUUCUACAGAAAGUUAUGAAGAGCUGCCAAAUAAGAUGUGGCUGGAGGAAGACUGUUACCAGAGGUCAGAUGAUGAGGUUGAAUUAAGAAGUCAACCAUUAAAUAGAAGACUCAAUGAAUAUUUGGACGUUCCCAGUCGAAGACAUCGUGGAUUUGCUAGCCAAUCUGUAAUUCCUAUUAGAAAGCAUCAUAGACUUGAUGAGGCUCGUGAGUUUGGUCGAAGAUACUAUGUAACGGACUAUAAUCCCAAGAUAACUGUAAAAAUGGAUCCCAGAUUUAGAUGUGAAAGUGGAUAUGACAGAAAAACUCCACGUGUUAUUUAUGCUGAAAGGCCCUAUCUGGAUGGAGAUGAUGAAGAUGAAUUGAAGGAGAAAACACAUGGGCAGCAGACCUCAAGAACUGGAAAUUCUAGAAAUCAGAAACAAAUUAGUUCAUCAGCUUAUGAGCAGGCCAAACCUACAGCUGAAGGGCAGUAUGCAACAGGCCUUGUUUUUGGUGGUCAGAACCAAGAACUUCUCCAAAGGAAAAAAGAGAAGUACAGGCAAGAGCUAAUGGAACAAAUAGCCGAGCAACAGCGAAAUAAGAGACGUGAGAAGGAGCUUGAGCUCUUAGUUGCUGCUUCUGGAGCUCGAGACCCAGAAAAGGAGCCAAAUAGGUUGAAGCAGUUUGGCUUGACGGUGAGAACUUCUGAAGAGAAAGUACCUCCUGAAAGGUCUAGGAUGGCCUUCCAAACUCCAGUGCCUGUCUUUUCAGCCCCUCCAGUGAACGAAGACUUUCAGAGGGGGCUAGCCAGCACUCUUGGGGAAAUCGCAGCAGUGCCCAGGCUUGCACCGAUGCCACCGCCUCCACCACCAGUUUUGACAGAAAACUGCAGAACACCUUACGAUGACGCAUAUUACUUCUACGGAGUUAGAAAUCCUUUGGAUCCCAAUCUUGCAUAUUCUGGUACAGGAAUGAGGGGAAUGCAACCAGCACCUAAUCUAGAGCCUCCUCUAGGCCAAGCCCCAGUAGAGCAGUCUGUAAGUAACAUUGAGCAGAGGAAUACAGAAGACAGACAAAGAAACAUAGGAAUGUUUUCUGAAGAAAAACCAAAGCCUUCCAAAGAGGCAACACUGUCUUAUCAACAAGAAUUACAGCAGCAGAUAAAAGAGAGAGAGGAACGACGCAGGCAAGAGAGGGAGGAGAAGAAACGCUACGAAGCCAAGUUAGAAGCAGAAAUGAGGAAUUACAACCCCUGGGGAAGAGGAGGUGGUGGUGCUCCUCUCAGAGAUGCAAAAGGAAAUUUGAUAACGGACUUGAAUAUGAUGCACAAGCAAAACGAAGAUGCGUAUCGUAAUCCAGAGGCAAGACUGUAUGAAGAUAAAAGGGCUAUUGAAUCUCUUGACCCAAGUUUGGCCUCCCCAAGACCUGAGAACAGAGAAGCAUCUGCAAAUAUAACAGCAGGUUUUUCGUUUGCCCAGACCUCUCCUUUUGCUCGAGGAAAUGUGUUUGGUGAGCCCCCACCUCCACGGCAGCUGAAGCGACAGGAGUCGUACAAGAACUUUCUGCGUUUACAGAUCGAAGAAAAGAGACGUAGGGAAGAAGCAGAGCGAGAAAAACUUAGAAUAGAAGAAGAAAAAGAAGAAAAAAGACUAGCUGAACAGAGGAUGAGAAUUGAAAAAGCAUAUAAAGAUGAACAAGAGGAGAAAAGAAGGAAGGAGGAGGAGCAAAGACUGAAAAAUAAAGAAUUCAUUCGAUUAGAUGAAGAGAGGCGAAAAGAAGCAGAAAAAAGAAGAAAGGAAAAAGAAGAAAAGCAAGAACAACAACUUAGACAACGUUUUGAGAAAGAGAAGCUAGAAGAGGAAAAGAAGACGUUUCCAAGGCAGCCUUCUCCCAUCGUUCCUGCUCUUCAGAACAAACUGAUAAGAAAAGAAAAAAGGAUUCCCUCUGCUGAGAGCCACACAUCAUCUUAUGCACAAGGUCCUCCACAACCAAGACCUCCCUCUCCACCUGUCCCUGCAAGAAGAAAUGAGCUGCGUGCCUCUGAGGAAAGAAAGAAUGUGAUAAAUGAAUUAUCAGAGCUGAGGAAGCAGCUUCUUAACGAAGAGAGGCGGCUGCAGGAACAGCUGCUAAAUGGGACCAGUGAUGAUGAUGUACCAGUUACACGCAGGAGGAGGGAGAAGAACAACCCAAGGGAUGUGUUUGAGAUGGCCAGGCUUCGUCUGCAGGCUCCAGUGAGACGCCCUUCGUCAAAGAAGACACAAGAUCCCAUCAAUAAGCGCAAUAUCUGGGAAUUUAAUGAACUUAAAUACAAAGAUUCUGAAACACGGAUGGGCUUGAGGCACAUGUAUCCUGAUCCUCCAAAAGAUGACCAGACUCUAGACAUUCAACAGCAGGCGCUGUUGAGGGAGCAGCGGAAGAAGCUUGACAGAAUGAGAAUGGGGAGAGAAAUAGAAGAUGAUCCUGUGUCUGGUGGGAAUCCGCAAACGACGGGACUGCUCAGGAGCGACUCGAAUGAAUUCCUGAAAUCCUCCCUCUUGGAGUCGGACAGCGCUUUCAUCGGUGCUAAUGGGGAGACGUUUUCUGCCUUGGGAAGAGACAGUGUAUCACCACAGCUUCCCCCUUCAGCGAGGGAGAGGAGACGAAUGAAGCAGAGAGCUUUGGAGCAGGCUGUAUGUGUGGGGGAUGUUCCACGGGGCCCAACACCAAUGCUGCAGCCUGACAGCUGCUCUUUGCACUCCAACUUCAGCCUCAAUGUUGAUCAGUUGAAAGGCAAGAAUGAGGAACGACUGUACAGACUGACAGAGGUCCAGCAGAAACCUGCUCUCUUAGGUGAUGAGGUCAGGGUGGGCGGAGGGGAGGCCCUGGUGCGACGCUCUGCGUCCGGCGGCAGCCGACGGCCCAGCUCCAGCAGACGGCCCAGCUCCAACGACACACUGGCAACUGAGCCCUGGCUGCGACCCGGCACCUCGGAGACCCUGCAGCGCUUCCUGGCUGAGCCGGCCAGCCCCGCCACCCUCUCCCCCAGCCCUGUGCAGCCCCGGGGCCGGCACAGCCUUUCCACCGCCCACGGCUGAGCCGGCAGCAGCUCCAGCCGAGGGAUGCUUCAGCACUACUGCACUUCCCAGGGCCUCUCCUCGGGCUACUUCUCGUCCCUGUACAUAGUGUGGAGCCAGGUGUAGAGUUAAAAAUAGCAAUAAUUGCCAGAAGGCGGGAGGAGGGAGGUUUCAUGUUAUGGGGUAUGGGAAGGUGGGGAAGAGCUUGGCGCUUUUUGCACUUUCUCUACAAGUUCAGUUUUGGCCUUGGAUCGGGACUUACACAGUUUCUGUGGUGUGUGUGUGUGUGUGAAUUUGAUAUUAAAUCAUAGUUAAUUUUCAGCUUUGUUCAUAGUCAAACUCCAAACCUGUCUGGAAAUAGAGUAACCCAACAGCAGAGGUGCAGUUUGAGCUUUUACCAAAAGAGCAAAUACCAUGGAGCAGGGCCCUGGCUUUUCAUACAGGGAUGAGUGUGAUCCUGCAUGAAAGCUGAGCAGUGUCAGAGAACAGCGACUAUUAGCAAUGUACCUUGUGUUCCCUAACUUGUUACGUGCUGGAAAUACAGAUAGUGUUGCAUAUAUUUAAUUUAUGGAUUUGAUUUAAGAGUUAAUAAAUUAUUUUGUUACUGAAA